AUGAAUGCUCCAGAAUUUCCAGAGUAUGCCAAUGUAGCUUCUUACAAUAAAGAAGUGGAUGCAGUUGUCUUGGAGAAUGCUCCUCAAAAUGCAAUAUACACAUCACCUUCUAUUCAAAAGGAAAUUCUACAUGUUUUUGCUAGAAAGGUGCAAAAUGAAAUUCGCAAUGAGAUUGGUAAUGUAAAAUUUUGUUUGAUUGUUGAUGAAGCUAGAGAUGAAUCUAAAAGAGAACAAAUGGCACUUGUUGUUAGAUUUGUUGAUAAGCAUGGAUUUGUCAAAGAAAGGCUAAUAGAUGUUGUUCAUGUCAAAGAUACUACUUCUGCUACUCUAAAACAAAAGAUUUGUUCUGCAUUAUCCCAUCACAAUCUCAACAUUCAAAAUGCUCGAGGUCAAGAGUAUAACGGGGCUAGUAAUAUGCGUGGAGAGUGGAAAGGGUUACAAGCUUUAAUUAUUCAAGAAUGUCCUUAUGCAUUUUAUGUUCAUUGCUUUGCUCAUCAAUUACAGCUAGUUCUUGUUGCUGCGGCUAAAGAAGUUGUUGAUGUUCAUGCUUUUUUCCAAAGUUUGAGUAAUAUUAUCAAUGUUGUGUGCUCUUCUUGCAAAUGCAAUGAUGAAUUACGAUCUGUUUAUGCAACUGAAAUUUCCCAUUUAGUUGCAACUAAUCAAAUUGAAACAGGAAGGGGAGCAAAUCAAAUUGGCACAUUAAAAAGAUCAGGAGAUACCAGGUGGAACUCUCACUUCAACUCAAUUUGUAGCCUUUUACGUAUGUUUGGAGCAACAACUUCAGUGCUGGAAGAUUUGGCUACUAAUGGAUCUACAUAUUCUCAACGUGGUGAUGCUACUUAUGCUCUUAAAUCUUUAUUAUCAUUUGAUUUUAUUUUCAUUUUGCAUAUGAUGAAAGAAAUCAUGGGAAUCACUGAUAAACUUUGUCAAGCAUUACAACAAAAAUCUCAAGACAUUUUGAAUGCUAUGCAUCUGAUACCUGAUAUGGGUGCUUCUUUUAGUGACAUAAUUCGGUCUCGUCGUAAAAAGGAUGUUGUCACUGUUGAACAGCACUACUGCGUUGAUAUUUUUACUAGCGUGAUAGAUUUUCAAUUGAAAGAGCUAAAUAGUAGAUUUAGUGAGCAAGCAACCAAUCUCCUCAUAUUGAGUACAUCUUUGGAUCCUAAAGAUGUUUUUAAGUUAUUCAGUGUUUGCAACAUAUGCAAUCUUGCAAAGAAUUUCUAUUCUUUAGAUUUUUCUGAGCAAGAAAAGAUUCAAUUGGAUUAUGAGUUACAACAUUAUGAACUUGAUACAAGGCUUCGAAACAAGAUGGAAGAUGAAUUUUUAGCAGAUUAUAUGAUUGUAUAUAUUGAAAAGGAGAUUGCUUCAAAAUUCAUUUCAGAGAUGAUAAUUGAUGAUUUUAGUUCCAUGAAGCAUCGUCGAACAAGUUUAAAAAUACCAAAAUCUUAA